UUGCAUUUCCUUGUUCUGUGUACUGUGGGACACCAGAUAUAGUGAAUGCGGGGUCCGGGGAGACCAGAUAUAGUGAAUGCAGGGAGACCAGAUAUAGUGAAUGCAGGGAGACCAGAUAUAGUGAAUGCAGGUCCGGGGAGACCAGAUAUAGUGAAUGCAGGGUCUGGGGAGACCAGAUAUAGUGAAUGCAGGGUCCAGGGAGACCAGACAUAGCGGAUGCAGGGUCCGGGGAGACCAGAUAUAGUGAAUGCAGGGUCUGGGGAGACCAGAUAUAGUGAAUGCAGGGUCCGGGGAGACCAGAUAUAGUGGAUGCAGGGUCCGGGGAGACCAGAUAUAGUGGAUGCAGGGUCCGGGGAGACCAGAUAUAGUGGAUGCAGGGUCCGGGGAGA